AUGGGUGAGAGCACUGCAGAAAAGGAUAUCCAAAAUGAGAGGGACAAGAAAUGGGAGAUGGCAUCCACGGCCCGGAUGAAGCAGAUUGUUCCUGGUCUCUUUCUUGGAAAUGUCCGGUCAUCGUGGAAACGUGAAAUGCUUGAAGAAAAUCAUAUAAAAGCAAUUGUCUCUCUUACAGAUGGCCGAUGGGUAUGGUGGAACAGUAUCACAAGAGAGGCAGUUCCAGAGUAUCAUCACAAAUGGGUUCAAUGUGCAGACUCAUCGACGCAAGAUCUCCUUAUCCAUAUGAGCGAUACCUGCGAGUUUAUUGACCAACUGGCAUUCCCUGCGCUUUCCUCAUUGAGCUCUUUGCCUGUCGAUAAUGAGCUCGAAACAGAUGAUAAGCCAGAGGCGAUCAUGAUUCACUGUGACCUUGGCAUCUCACGCUCACCAACUAUCAUCGUCGCCUAUCUUAUGCGAAAACUGCGCAUCCCGGCAAUAGAGGUAUUAGAAUUUGUUAAAUCAAAGCAAACAACACCAAGAGUCAGGCCAAGCAGGAACUUUACUCGUCAACUUCAAGUGUGGGAGGAAGUUGGAUAUCAACUAUGGGAGGAUGAAGACAUGAGUGUCCCAAAACCGGCAUACAAGACGUUUCUGGAAGAUCGAGCUGCCCUCAUGAAAGCAAAGGGGCUCACUGGGAAUGAGCCACUUGGGCCCCUGACUCUACUUGAUUAA